AUGUUUAAACGAGCAUUUUUCCUGAUAUUGACGUUUUUUCUUAUCAUUAUUAAUAAUGUUCAAACAACAUCGACCAUUAGACGAAAUCAUGAAACAUUUCAAUUACUUAAAGAAACUAAAGCAAAAGUAAAACAUGGAGCACAAUGUACUUCACCAUCGAAAUAUUUUGCUGGUUCAUGUUAUACCUAUGCAAAUACAGUACCAGCUCCAUCGUGGGAGCGAGCUUAUAAUAAUUGUUUAUCAUCAUCAUCGACAAUAAAAGAUUCUAAUUUAUUAGCUAUUGAAUCAGUCGAUGAAUAUAGAUUUAUUGAACGUGAACUGAUUGGACUAAAAUCAGGAUCAGAAAGUGUUUCAGUAUAUAUUGGAUUACGUAAAAUAAAUAGUACAUGGUUAUGGUCUAAUGAUAUACCAUUGAAAGAAACGCCUGUUUAUCGUUUUUGGGUUGAUAAUAAUCGUGAUAUUCUUGCUUAUGAUUGUGGUAUUAUGUGGCUUGCAAAAAAUACAAGUGUAAUUACACCAGCACCAUGCGUUGAGCAAGCUUUAAGACCUUAUGUUUGUAAACAAACAAUUGAUCGAUGCCAUAAUCAUCGUAGUAAUUGUGGUAAAUAUGGAAAGUGCAUGGAUUUACCAAUGAAAAAUUCACAUCAAUGUCAAUGUCGAUUUUUCUAUACAGGAGAUCAAUGUGAAAAAUGGAGUAAUCAAGGCUUGCAAAUUAUUAUUGGUAGUAUCAUUGCUUUGAUCGCAUUCAUUAUUUCGUAUAUCAUCGAUUGUGAUGGGUCACAUGAUUCUUGGUCGUUUAAAAAAUCGAAUUGCGAACAAUAUCAAAGUGCUCGGUUGCAUGUUCGUAAUCAAUCUAAUUUCAAAAGACAACCAUCGAAGUCAGUCGGUCAUAUGGCUAUCAAUUCAAAUUGUAUUAAUAGUUCUACACCGAAAACAAAACAACGUUGGUGUACUUCAUCUUUUCCACUCGAUGUAUGUCAACGGCAAUAUUCAUUUCCGACUAAAACUGGUAAUCUUUUUCUUAAAGAAAAAAGAUUUAUUUUCAUUAUUUCAUCGAUAAUAUUAACAAUUCUCAUUUUUAUCAUAAUAAUUAAUGCAAAAUAUUAUAUCAAAGAAAUACUUACCCAUUCAACACGGCUAUUUCAAUUUUGUAUAUUAUACGAAAAUAAUUAUUAUCAUAAUUUAUUAACAUUACCUAUCGCUUUCGUUAUUACUCUAUUAAUAAUAAUUAAUCAAACGCGCAAAGAAUAUUAUCGAUUAAAUAAAGAAAAACUUUCUAUUUAUAUUCCGAUACCAUUUAAUCCAUUUUCAAAAAUAAAUCGUUUUGAUACAAUGAUUUUAUGUGGCAUCGUUAGUCAUGAAAUACUUGAAAUUAUUGAAGAACUCUUUUUAAAAACAACACAAAUGAAAUUACUUACGAUGACUGGUCCAUUAUUUGAUCUUAUUCGACAAAUAGGUCUUAUUGUUAUUGUUGGCUUACGUUAUUAUCCUGUUUAUUCUGUUCUUGAAAUAUCUAAUGAUAAUAUUCUUUACUAUGUAUUAUGCUCAUUUUAUAUGUGGCUAGAUUUAAUUUUAAGAAUAUUUGAACAAGUUUUUUGUGUUCAAAUUAAUUCGUUGGUUCGAGCUUGGAAAAAGAUAGAGCAAUUAAAACAUGAUUUAGCUACAACAACAACAACAGCAGCAACAACAAUGUUAAUGUCAGAAUAUGAAAGUUUUCAUUCAGAAGGCUCACGAGGCCAUUUUCAUAGAUUGAGAGAUCGACUAUCAUUUCGAGGAACGAAAUUUAUAGCAACAACCAUCGGUUCAGUAGUUCAACCAUUUUCAAUACAUGAAGUAUCGUCAAUCCCUUAUCAUUCAUUAAACUGGUCAUCACUACAUUUAAACAUAUCCAUGUCUAUUCAUCAUAAUGACUCUCAAUCGACAUUCGAUCAAUUUGGUAUUGAUCGUUCUAUUGUUUGUGUAUUUAAAUAUGCACCUUACUAUCUAUGUUUGACAUACAUUUGUUGUCGAUUAACAUAUCUUGUUAUAAUUAGUCUCUAUCGAAGAUUUGUCUCUUGUGACAAUGCAAAAAAUUCUCUUAAAAAACCGUUAAAGCACAUUUAUCAUAAACCAAUAUAUUCAGUCAAUGAAAUUCUAUCCAUUGAAUAUCUGUAUGUUCGCCGUUUAUUUGAAAAGUCAUUCCAAAAUUUAGGGAAAAAACAUAUUUCUCUUUUCAAAACAUUGCUUCACAAAAUCUAUCGACCAAACAAAUAUUUUCAUUAUUCAAAACAAAUAUUAAAUAUGUAUAUGAUUGCAUUCAUGUUAAUAUACUAUUUAACAUUUAAUAUUUUACAAAAUGGCUUUAGUAUUAUUGAUAAAUUGUAUAGCUUUGUGUUAAUACCAUUAUUGAUUCUUUAUGAUGAACUUGAUUUACCUGAACCAAAACCAAUAAAUAUGAAAUAUGAAAUGAUUUUCGCAUGUAUUUUAACAGCAAUUAUCUACUUUGUACAAUUAUUGUUCGGUAUGAAAAAUUAUCAAAAACAUAUGCUUGAUGCUUAUCGAGGUGUAUUUAUUGAUAUUCCACCGAGAUCUGCAUUUAAAAAUGUUCAAUUAAUGUUGAACAAUAUUCAUUAUCCUGGCUAUUGUAUUGCUCAUCUUACUUGUGGAUAUAUUAUUAUAGGGAACAUACUUUUUUUUGUUUUAAUUGCUUUACAUGUUUUAUUUAAGCAUUUAUUUCUUAUUGAAGAAAUUGCAAGAACACUUAUACCGAUACUUGUAAUUUAUUUAACAACAUUUAUUAUACAAUGGUUUUUAUCAAAAACAUUUUUCGUACAAAAGCAUGGAAAAACGAUUGCAUUAAAAAAUCUUCGAAUCUAUUUUGUAUUUGCUUAUUUCAAUUUUUUCUUCGAUUGUUUUCUUGGUAUAAUAUCUUGUGUAUUUCGUGUAACAAAAGCAUGGAUAACUAGUUUUUGUUUUUUACCUCGUUUGGACUAUUCUAUACUUGGACGGUCAUUAGAAAAAAUGGAUUCUGGUUUUAUAUCUUAUGCAUCAUUUAUUCACAUGGAAUGCCUUCAUACACAUCCUGUACUUGUUUAUUUUUGUUCAAUUGUCGAUGAACAUAUUAAUAAACGUUAUCAACAUUUACGAGCAUCAAAACGAGAUAUUUAUUUAUAUACAAAACAACAACAGACUAUAUUUCGUUGGUGGUUAGCAAUAACAUUAAGUCGAAAUAGAAAAUUAAUACAAUAUAGAAAAUAUCAAUUUAUGACAGUAGAACUGUCAAGAAUAGAUAGUUUUAAUGAAAUAUUCGAAAAACAAUUCUUAAAAAGCUACAGAAUCAAAGCAAAUAAUCAAGAAAAUAUUCAUUCGAAUAUGAUUAUUCGAAAUCAUACAACAACUUGUACAACAUUAUUACUUGAUGUUGAUGAACAAGAUGAUCGAAAACCAUCAUUUUAA